AUUGGAACGUUGCCCAACGUGCUAGUCGCACUUUAGCCAGUUCCUAAGCGUCGUUGCAGUAAAAUGAUUCAGUGUUUUAACCGUAAUUCUUAAUAAUUUCAUAACCAAUAUAAAUUAUAAAUAUUCCAUCAGUUUAUACAAAUGCGAAAACAGCAGCGGUGUCAAUUGUAGUGUUACGUAAAAGUAUAGUGUUGAAAUUCGAAAUAGAUUCUUUUAUUAGACAUCUUACGUUGACCCCGAUGAAAAGACAGAGUUUCUCGAUGCGACUAUAACAAAAGGGGCGGGGCAGUUCAAGUUAUGAAAGAUAUCGAUAAAUCACUGGAUAGUACUAAAAUUAUUACUAAAAAAGCGUCGUCACAAACACAGACGCCAGGAAAAUUAGUAUCGAAAUCACCAGAUAGAAGUAAACAACAAGAGCAAUUAAAGAUGGAAGACGAUAUCGACAGAGAAUCUAUGUCGUUACGAAAAAGAAGGAACUUGUCUAAAAAUAGAGGACAGGCAAUGAGACAACGAGAGAAAACUCCAGAGCCAAGUCGCACCCAAAUCCCUCAUGAAGAUACUCCAACAUCUGAAGACGAAGAUAAUAAUCCACAAAACCCGAGAGAAAUAGAAGCUGAUAAAACAUAUGAAGAAAUGAGGCGUUUAGUUCAGGAAAAAGCUAAUUUAAAAGAUCCCGUGUAUGAUUUAGAUAGGGAUGAAGUUUUAGAAGCUCGAGCAAUGGCAGCUAAUGAGAGACGACGAAGGAGUAUAUCACCUUUUGCUGUCCCAGAUAAGGAAGAAUUAUCAACACUAGAGCGUAAGGGAAGCUUUAUUGAUCCAACGAAUAAGCUUUUAACCACUAAUUACACUUUGGGACCCAAAGAUGACGAGUCGACUAGACUCACUAUAGACGCUGCAAGGUUAGAAAAUAGAGGAUCGCUAUCUCCACCUACAACUGCAAGUUCAUCGCCACGUGAGAAAAAUUUUCCAUACCCGAUGCCUAUAGCUCCAAAGAAGUUAGAAGAAUUAGUCUACCCCGAUGAGGUCAAUGAAAUUAAAUCACAAGAAAAAAGCACUAAAUCUAAAGUAUCACCAAAAAAAGAUGAAUUUAAAAACGAGGAAGAAAUGAUUUCGCAAACCCAAAAAACUAAACCAACUAAGCCUGAAGCUGUUCCAUCCAGCGGUGAAUUAGUAACUAGAGUUAUACAAGUAGAAAGAACUCCAAGUAAAAAAUUGACACAAGAUCAAAAACCAGCCGUAGAAAUAAGGGAAAGAGUAGUGAGAACACCGAGCAAAAAAUUAACCGCAGAUCAGAAGCCAACUGUUGUAAAGCAAAUUCCUACUAAACCAACGAGAGAAGAAACAAAAAGUAAAAUUCCGCCUGUAAAACCAGCAAGGAGCAAAUCCGCAUCAAGAUUCGGGAGCAAAACGAGUGAAAGCGAAAUGAGUGAAGAUCAACUAUACCAAGAUAAAUAUUCUGACAAUAUCACUAAGCGGAAAGUCACACCGACACCUCGUCGUUUUAUGAAAUCUCCCAGAGCGAAUCGUUCACAAUCCGUUUAUAGAACGGUGGACAAUAACAGAAAUACUAUAGAUAAAACUAGUACAGGAGUUAGCCAAACAAGCUUAGAAAUCAUAGAAUUAAUGCAGAAGGCAAGAGCUCGAAGUUUGUCAAUACCAAAAGAUGACCCGAGACUUCCAACUGAGUAUAAAAAGCAUAAUGAUAGAGUUUUAAAAACACCUAAUAAGACUCCAACAAAUUUACGACACACAAGAGGUAUUUCUUGUCCAAAAACUAUCCAAAUAAUAAGCGAUAGAGAAAUUUUAUCUGGGAUUACUACAGUGAAAAAACCCGAUUUAAUACAAGGAAAUAGAAGUAGACACAGCAGUUCUGGAUAUGUUGACGCAAGUCAGUCUGAGUAUACGUCAAGUUGCUAUUCAUCCUCACCGAGUGAAAACGAAUAUGAAUUUGAUUUAUCCGAAAGAACAGCGGAACUGACACGUAAACUAAAUCUUUUGAGCGAAAAAGUUGACAAAAAGGAUCCCACGGGAAACAUUACUCUCAUGCAUACCGGUAACAUAUUGGAGAGUAAUGGUAAAAAUGUUAAAGAACAAAAAUCUAUUUUGAGGAAAAGAAGUGUAAAUACCUUUAGCGAAGAACCUAUUAUAUUAUUUAAGCACGAACCCAAUAUAGAUGAAAAACUUAACAUCUUCAAUAAGACAACAAAAAGUAGAUGGAAACAUUUAGCUCGUUGGCAGCAGUUUCGAGAAGAACAAAAGGAUGUAUGUGAAAAAAUCAGAUUACUAAGGAACCGGUGUAUUUGUGAAUUGAUCCUUUUAGUAAUAAUUUGUGGGUUUGGGGGUAUGAUGUUCAAAAUGCUGGAGGGCUCUUUUGAAAAUGCGUUCAAAUGUGGCAGCAGGAGUGUUAAAAGAGAUUUUAUUGAAAGUCUUUGGCGUGGUAGUCAUUAUUUACGUGAAGAAGAUUGGAAAUCAAUGGCAAGAAAUAAGCUAUUUGAAUUUGAAAAUCAAUUACACACUGCACACGAAGCAGGCGUGUCAUCGUACAGCGGGCAGAGGUCUUGGAAUUUCAUGAACUCAUUUGUAUAUUGCCUGACGUUAAUUACAACUAUUGGUUACGGUCACAUAGCUCCAAAGACGACGUAUGGACGAGUGGCUACUAUAGUUUAUGCUAUAAUUGGUAUUCCGCUAUUUUUGAUUGUACUUGCUGACUUCGGUAAAUUAUUUACGAGGAUUAUCAAGUUCUUCUGGGCAUUCAUUAGAAGAUUUUACUAUACCAGAAGCUGCAGGAAAGUUCGAAGAACUGUCCCGAUGCAGGAAGUAAUAAAAGGCCUAAACAUCGUAUACGACGUAGUACGUCGACCUUCACAAAUAUUUUCUGAAGAGGAUAUAAACGAGCUACCAGAAGACAACAAGCCACCACCGAUUGAAAGAAGAGACAGCGAUGUACCUCCUCCUUUACCACCAAAGCCUGGAACUCUACGACCUGACCCAGAAAACGCAACAGAUCCAGAUACACCAGCGCCAUCUGUAUUCGAAAUAGACGACGAAUUCAAUCUGCCGAUAUCAGUAGCUAUAACAAUUUUAGCUAUUUAUAUUAUAAUUGGAGCUUUCACGUUUAAUCUUUGGGAGAAAUGGGAUUUCUUCGAAUCAUUCUAUUUCGUUUUCAUAUCGAUGUCGACUAUUGGUCUCGGUGAUUUGGUACCCGAUCAUCCGAUGUUCAUGAUGGCUUCGAUUUUGUAUUUAAUAUUCGGAUUAGCUUUAACAUCUAUGUGUAUUAACGUAGUACAAGUUAAACUAUCUGAUACGUUUAAACAAGCGAGUGCUAAAUUAGGUGCAACUAUUGGUUUGAAGGUAGCUGAAGAAGAUGGUAGCCUAGUACCAAUAACUCCACCUCCAGUAGAAAUAGCACCAGUACAUAAGCCUAGAGAAUCAAUCAUAGAAACUAAAAUAAACGAUACUAAUGACGUUGACAGUAAAAAUAGAUAAAACCAUACACUUUUUUAAGAGCUGAAUUUUAGGUGCUAAAAGAUAUUUUUGUUAAAAGUGAUAUUGUUAUUAACGGUAGUGUUGAAUUUUAUAUUAAGUGCUUUUGCAGUGUGUUAAAAUAAGCAGAUAUUUCUUACAUUGCAAUUUGAUAUCAUAUUAUCAAAGGAUAUAUCAAACUA